ACUUGUCUGGUACUCUAACCAGGUAAACUAUAGCAGCUUGUUGUGAAUGAAAGGAAAUCACAGAAAUAUAUCCAAAAAAAUAAAUACAUUAACAGCAAAAAAAAUUGAGUACCGGCAUAUCCAGCAAGGCGGCCACUGGAGCUCGUUAGGUGCUGGAUCCGCUGUUGCUGAAUUCUUUCCAGAUAGGUCUGAAGUACAGUGCUUGCAUAGAUGGCAAAAGGUUCUUAAUCCAGAACUUGUUAAAGGUCCAUGGACUCCAGAGGAGGAUGAGAAAAUUGUGGAACUGGUAGCUAAAUAUGGACCUACAAAAUGGUCUGUUAUAGCAAAGUCAUUACCAGGUCGAAUUGGGAAACAAUGCCGUGAGAGGUAAAAUAAAUAAGAUAUAAACAUAUUUAUAACAUUC